GUUAGACGUGUCUGAGUUCUCUUCUGAUUGUGCUUUCGGGGACCUGUCAUUGAAGAAAGGAGGUGCCUUGACAGCGAUUGGGAGGCCGGAGAGAACCUGACAGACAAGCACAACGGAGGAGAGGAAGAGGAAGGGAAGAUGAGAAAGUGACAAGCUGGAUCUUUGCUUUUUGAACGGUGACUAAAGAACCUACAGCGACUACACGUACCCUCAUCCUACAGGCCCCAGAUCUGAUUGGAUGGUUUUGUCAGAAUGACAGCCGAAGAUCCUGCUUCCUCCUCGACCAUGAGCAAUAACGCUGCCCCCUCCAAACCCUCCAAACCCUCCUCUGGUGUCUCCCACCACUCUCUCCAUGGACAGAUCAACAUCCCUGAGGGUGUUGCAGGUGCUCCCAAUGAGGCUGCACUGGUGGCCCUGAUGGAGCGCACUGGCUACAGCAUGGUCCAGGAAAAUGGUCAGCGUAAAUAUGGCCCUCCUCCUGGUUGGAAUGGUCCAUCUCCUCCACGGGGAUGUGAAAUCUUUGUGGGCAAAAUCCCGCGGGACGUUUAUGAGGAUGAGCUUGUCCCAGUGUUUGAGUCCGUGGGACGCAUCUAUGAGAUGCGGCUGAUGAUGGACUUUGACGGGAAGAACCGAGGGUAUGCAUUUGUGAUGUACACAGAGAAACAUGAGGCCAAACGUGCCGUGCGGGAGCUCAACAACUAUGAGGUGCGGCCUGGGCGGCUACUGGGGGUCUGCUCCUCUGUGGACAACUGCCGUCUGUUCAUUGGUGGCAUCCCCAAGACCAAAAAGCGUGAGGAGAUUCUGGAGGAGGUUUCUAAGGUGACAGAAGGUGUACUUGAUGUCAUAGUUUAUGCCAGUGCUGCAGACAAGAUGAAGAACCGUGGCUUUGCCUUUGUGGAGUAUGAGUCACAUCGUGCCGCCGCAAUGGCUCGCAGGAAGCUGAUGCCUGGACGUAUUCAACUGUGGGGUCACCAAAUUGCAGUGGACUGGGCUGAGCCAGAGAUUGAUGUGGAUGAAGAUGUGAUGGAGACAGUGAAGAUCCUCUACGUCAGGAAUCUAAUGAUGGAGACCAGUGAGGAAACUAUUAGACAGCAGGUGUUCAGCCAGUGGAACCCUGGAUGUGUUGAACGUGUUAAGAAAAUCCGUGACUAUGCCUUCGUCCACUUUACCUCACGGGAGGAUGCCGUCCUGGCCAUGGACCACCUCAACGGCACAGAGGUGGAAGGGUCCUGCAUUGAGGUGACACUCGCCAAGCCAGUUGAUAAAGAGCAAUAUUCACGUCAGAAGGCCUCUAAGGGGGGAGUUUCUGCCACUCCAGAGGCUACUCAGCAGAACUAUGUAUACCAGUGUGAUCCCUACACAUUGGCUUACUAUGGUUAUCCCUACAACACCCUCAUUGGACCAAACAGGGAAUACUUCGUCAAAGGAUCCCCAAUGAUACAGAACAAUGCAGGUACUGUGCGAGGUCGUGGUCGUGCUGCUGCAGGUAACCGUACCCCUGGACCGCGGGGGUCGUACCUGGGGGGUUACUCUGCUGGUCGUGGCAUCUACAGCCGUUACCAUGAGGGCAAGACCAAGCAGCCCGAAAAGCCCUAUGAGCUGAUGCCCAGUCUGGAGCUCGCUACCUCUGUCAACCCAGUUGGCAUCAAACCUGGCACAAUGGCAUUGCCGACUCUGGGUGGGCAGUACCCAGUGUUCAGUGCGGCUCCCGCAGCCAAGCUGAUGGAGGAGGGGAAGGUGCACACGGUGGAGCACCUUAUCAACCCUCUGGCCAUGCAACACCCUGAGCACACCACCGCUACUGCUGCUGCCACGGUCCUACCUGCAGUCUCUACCCCUCCACCUUUCCAGGGUCGUCCAAUUACUCCUGUCUACGCCAUGGCCCACAAUGUACAGCGUAUCCCAGCAGCCGGUGGCCUGUAUGGAGCUGGAUACGUCCCCAUCACAAACUACGCUGCCAACACAGCGACUCUGGCCGCUCUGCAGAAGAAUGCAGCGGUGGCGGCUGCGGCAUAUGGAGGCUACACCGGCUACGCUGUGCCACAGGCCUUCCCCGCCACGGCCUUCCAGCUGCCCAUCCACGAUGUCUACCAGACAUACUGAUUCUGUGGCUCAGACCACAUGAAAUAACGACAAAGUUAUCCCUGCCUGUGACUGAACGACCUCUGCAACAUCUCAUAAGUGUCUGUCCCAUCAUAUAGAAACAUCUCUUGAGCUCGUGAACCUCCAAGAGCUCUAACGGAACGUCGUUUGGAGCAAAUGUUCAGAACACAGACAGCGACAAAAUGACAAUCUGACAUCUCAUAUCUGUCCCACCUCCUGGCCUCAGUAUAUCCCGGACCCAAGGCAGCCAAAUGACAGGCUUAACACAAAACACAUAGAAGACAGUCCACUCACUGAGGAAAGCUACCCUGUAUGCGGUGACAGUCGCCCCCAAACAAUAAGCAUAACUCACAAUAACAACACAAACACAACUCCCUUUCUCUCUGACCCUCACCACCUUGUUGCUGUGGCAACAAGAACACUGAAGGUACAUUCAAGUAUUUAUGAAGCGAAGAUACAUAUUUAAGGUUUUGUUUUCUGCAGGUCUCUCUUUUUAUUUUGGGGUAGUCAUUUUUUUUUUCUGAAGCAGGACCUUUACACAAUGUCUAAAAAAUAAAAAUAAAAAAGUGUAUAAAACUUGGAGGGAGAAAAAAAUUUUAAAAAAUAAUUGAAAGGAAGUAAAAGUACAACAGGAACUACUGACAGAUGAGGAUACCACGGAACACAGCUGUCUUUGGAUAAACUAAUGUUUUUUCAUAAGUUUUUUUUUCAUCGAUAUAUAGUAUUCUAGCCAAUUCUACAUGCUGUAGGUGACGCUGUCCGUCCAUGCUGGUUGAAUGUGUAUGCUUCAAACACACCUGUUUGGUACUUUUUGGUUUAUGUAGUUUUAUUUUUAUUUUGGUUGUUUUAAAUGAAGGUUCUAAGUGGUUGUUUGUGUGUAUGUUUGUUUUUUCUGACUAUAAUUAGUUUGCUUGUUUUUAUGGCUCCGCUUUAACCUUUGGAAACAUAUAGUGUAUCUUGGUUUAUUUGAAGAAAAGUAGCCAGCUUACUAAUAUUAUUCCCUGGGGAACAAAUAAUAGAGAAGGAAAACUGGAAAACUUUUUCAGUGAUGGGCUACAUGGUUUAUGUGUGAGCCUUAUCGAAAGUGACAUCAUGUAUAGGGAGAUGUUUCCCAUCCUCUGAAACUGUGCUGGCAGGGGACUAAGACUGAACAGAUAUUAGUUGUUUUUUCUCAUUUAUGGAUGUUUUUAUUUUUGUUUUUGAAUUGUUUGACUCUUGAAUGGUGAACAAAUACGGACAGAAAUUAGAGAGAUUUUUCUAUGUGGACUGGAGCACUCUGUCUACUAAAGCGCUCCUGCUUUUGCCAGUGCUAACCAAAAACUUGUGGCUCCAUACACUCCAGUUUCAUGACGUUAGAAAACUUAUCUGGGCCUGACGACAGUGCCUUACACCUGCAUGUAUGUGCUACUCUAUGCUUUCCACUGUGCCUUUCAUAACAAAGCUCUAAGCCCAUGUGGUUGGCACAAAGAGGAGAAGGCUUCCAUCUGUGCAUUUCAUCGGAGCCUUCUCCAUUCUGAUUUCUAAUUAACCAGAUUUUGAGUUUUACUGUAUUUUGGUGAGACAAGUAGGUUUCAGUCUCUGCAGUCAGCUGUGACAAGGCUACCUCUCUCUUGUAGUCUCUUCUCUGAAUGAUCCUGCAGUAACACUCUCUAUGUUUGUCUCCGCUAGAUUUCUUGUCCUCCAAACUGUGCUUUACUGAGGUGCACUUAAAGAUAUUUAUGAAAGGCAAGAGAUUGCCACUUUCAGAUGAAGAGAUAUUAAAUACUAAGCAUGGAUUCAUGUGUGAAGUUGGCGGGUUGGUGUUUUUCAGUGUCUAGGUGUCUGACGGAAUUUUUCCUCGCAGAUAAAGCAUUAAACAUAAAAUAACCCUUUAUGAAUGUUUAGCAGGCACUUUUAAAACUCCACAAUGUGUUGAAAACAAGUGUAAAAUUGAACUGGGAAUAACUGGAGCAAUACCUCAUGCUGAAUUAUACAAGUAGCUAUGCAUGUAUUGGAUGUACUACAACAAACAAACAACAGAUGCAAGCGGCUGCUGAUCAUGAAGUCACACUCCACAGCGGCCAUCUUUAUAUAAGAACUUGCAAAACAUUUGUAUGCUGGCUUGUACUUGUAAACCAGUUCUGGUAGUUUGAAAUUUUGCAAUCCAUUUUCUUUCAUUCAUUUUUCAUUCUCAGAUUUUUUUACAACAUUUUACACACAAAGUCAUAAGAUAAGUUCGACUUUGGUGAUGGCCUGAAUGUUGAGGUUAUGAAAGAGAUCAUGACAAAGUUAUUGAUCCAAGAAGUUAAAUGAAAAGUUUGAUCAGCAAACAAGACACAUUUGUUUCAUCUCCCUUGACAUUUUUCGGCUUCUCUCCCCUCUGAAACUGGAUUUCACUUAGAAAGCAAACUGCUGUUGACCGCUUUCAUUAUUUUCUUGUAUGAUGACAAUAAGUCAGGAUAUAUUUAAUAUAUGCAUUACGUGUGUUGUGUGUAUGAAGUGAGAAGAAAAGGUAUAAUAUAUUUUAAAACAUAUUUCUUUUCUUUAUUUACACCUUGUUUAGGGAUAAAAAGUCAGAGUAACAAACGUAGAAAAAAAAACUUUUUUUUUUUGCCAAAGUGUCCAAUAGUUUUUAAACAUUCAAGGUUAAUGUGUUUUUGUUAUGGUAUGUGUAAUAUUAUGUUUGCUAUUUUUAACCAGAUUUGGUGUUGUGAGUGGGAACACAAAGGCCUUCUCCUUCUGCUUCAUAUUAUCGACCAAGAAAAGUGGCCAACCGAAGUGUGAUGACCCUCUGGCACUUUGAGCUGUUGGUGUUGCACCUCUGCUUGUCAGUUUUGGCGAAGCUAUCAAAUAUCUACUCAUGAUUUAACUGCCCUGUGUUAGGCAGCAGAAAAUUGUGUCCUUCUGGUUCUGCCUCCCGCUCAAAACACCUGCUUUACUUUCUAUUGCCUGCAUUCCACCCACACUACAGCAGCAGGAUAAACUCCUCCUGCUCCUUGUCUCAGUGGUGUGGAGCUACAUGUGUCUAGUUUAUUAUAGGUAUUACCAUUUAAACUCUUCCUAGUGUGUGCCUUAUUGCCAAAAUGUGCCCUUUGCUUUUCCUUUGUAGAUCUAUGCAGACUAUUUUCUAUCUGAAGGUUUAUUUAAAAAAAAAAAAAAAGCUUGUUCGGCAUUGUUAUAUUUAUAGUGAUAAAGUAGAU